GUCAUUACUUUUACACACGGCGACACAGGCAGCCAAUAGGAACACUUCAUGUGAGGAAGCUGAAGACAUGGCGCUGCGCAUAGGACGUGCUUACAGAAGAGAAUCUGUGCUGGGGAUAAGUCGUCUACUUUUGUCAGUGGUUCCCCGGUGUCAGUCUAGCCAGCGUUCCCACCACACUCCUGGCACCUCUCUGAAGUACAUACCACGCCGCGCCGUGCUGUAUGUUCCCGGCAACGACGAGAGAAAACUGCAGAAACUGACUUCACUGGACGUGGACUGCGCUGUUCUCGACUGUGAAGAUGGAGUCGCCCUUAACAAGAAGGAGGAAGCUCGGAAAACCAUCCCAAAGAUGCUGGCCAAUCUGGAUCUGGGGCGUACGGAGAAGUGCGUACGGUUGAACUCUGUGUCUAGUGGCCUGGCCGAAGCCGACAUGGAGGUUAUUCUACAGGCGGACGUGCUGCCCACAGCUCUCAUGCUGCCAAAGGUGGAAAACACAGGAGAGGUGCAGUGGUUUGUUGACAGUUUUCAGCGGUACUUAAAAGGCAGAGAGCUUGAGGAACCCAUCCGCUUGGUCACCUUUGUGGAAACUGCUGUGGGUCUGCUGAAUUUUAAGGCAGUGUGUGAAGCACUUCGAGAUCUUGGGCCAAAGGCAGGUCUUCAUCAUGACGGAGUUGUCUUUGGGUCAGAUGACUUCUGUGCCAGCAUAGGAGCCACACGCACCAAGGAAGCUAAAGAACUCCUGUACGCUCGGCAGAAAGUGGUGGUCACCACCAAAGCGUUCGGUCUCCAGGCGAUCGACCUUGUUUACAUCGACUAUCAGGAUGUUGAUGGACUGAGGCAGCAGGCCAGAGAGGGCGCGCUCAUGGGCUUCACUGGGUGCCACUGCAAGACUUUUUCAUAGAUUCUGUCCUUCUAAGUGAGAUUUUGAGAAUCAUCUAACAGUGACACUCUGCUAAAUGGUAGUGAGCCAACCAGACCUACUCAAAACAGAUGGCACCCUGUGAUUGGCCGAAUGGCAUUGGGGAACAUUAAUGAUGCACUGCAGCCGGCCAAUAGCAGCAUGGCGUAUUGGCUCACCACGCCCCCUUUGCUCACUCUGUCACUAGCUGGCUCGGAACAGACAGCUCCUGAACAGGUGGCAGUCUGGGGAAGGGGCAUAUUUUGUUGAUGUGAGGGAACGACCCCCUGCCAGUCUUUUCUGGGAUGGGCGUCACAAACAUGGACCUUGAGCCUCAGCUUUAGGGUGUUGAUCCAACAGGCCGUCUCCUCCAGAGCAGCAGAGGGACAGUAUACACACACACACACACAUACACACACUGGUGACUCUUCCGUCUGCAGCACUGUUGGCUCAAUAAGAAAACACAGUCACCAAGCUGGUUUGGUUUAUUUACAUUGAAGCGCAUGCUUUCCUGUCAUUGGUUAACCUGAUGCCUCGUUCACUCCCAGCUGCAUCAUCAGAUUGUCGCAUCUUAAAGUAUUUGGCUUCGGCAAUGUGUAAAAGAUGCAGAAAGUAACACCUGUGCUGUUGCAAGACCGUGUUAACAUAUGACUGACAUUAUGCUGCAAUAUGUAACAUUGUGUGCUAAAUUAUGUGGGAACUCAAUGGAUAACACAUGGCAGAAGCUGUUUCAGAGGGGUUAACUGGGGAAAGACCCACAGAUGGAGCUAAUGGUUUUCUCAUGUAUUCAAUUCUACGGCUGUCAGAUAGAUACCUUUCCGUAUUUGUUUUUAAGAGACGAGCUAAAGUAGAACAUAGCAGUUUUUUCUUAAAUGUAAUCUCAUCACCUAGAGGUUUGAUCUGGGAAAACGUCCUUGAUUAUUAUGGUGCAGCACUGGACAGAUGUUAUUUUUGAGAAUAAGGUUUCAGCCGUCAUGACCGUAAUCCGUUUUAGCUUCUUAGCCGGUGCUGCAAAGUAGGGUGGAAAAGGAAAUGUAUAUUUGAAAAUGGCACCUACAUUGUCAAUGAAGCUACCUUGGGUUUUAAAAAGGCCCUACAUAAAUAAAAAUAAUAAUGAUACUAAUAAUAUUAUUAAUUAUUGUAUUGUAUUAUAUUCUUAUAUUGUAUUAUAGCCUAUUAUUGUUGUUGUUGUUUUAU